CACACACACACACACACACACACACAUAUAUAUAUAUAUAUAUAAUUUAUAUAUUUCAAUCUAUCUUUAUUUAAUCCAUCUUUCUUUUUGCUUUGUCGCUGCUUCUUUCUUUUACUUGCCAGUUUACAUGAUAUAUUAACGCGACUACCACCCGCAUAUAUUACCCACUCACGUUUUGCUGACGUAUAGUAUGCAAUUCUUCCUCCGUUUUACACCUUUUGUCUAUAUAAUGUAGACACAAGGAAAUUUAAUUAAAUGGUAUUAGUGCUAGCCGACGUCGUAUCGGUGCGACCGUCAUAUUCAUUGAUAGUGAUGCAUCUUCUUUUAUCGAAGAUGUCAUGAAUAUUUUCCUAAGAUAUUUGUACUUCUAUUGCGCACAUAUAUACUUAUGCGAGCCGAGGGAGCAAUUUAGAGCCCGUGCCUGAGCCCAAGCGCCAUUUACAAACACUGCCUUGAAGGCUGAGAGAAAAGAGGUGGUGUUGUGAUAGUGAGAGGUGGAUGAGAACGAGAAUACAAUCGCCUGUGAUUGACAUCAAAAAAUCACAUCCUCGGUACAAUAUUUGCGAUUUUGGCCGCUGACCACAUCGCGACUGUCAUCACCGUCGUGAAGAAACGGCCAGCCUCCGCAAGUGGCUGUGUGUCAUUACUGUCUUACAGUCUAACACAUUGCGGCCUCAUGAUUGGUUCAUUCUGGAAUCUCUGCCGUGCGUGCCCUUCAAUGCCGAUUGAUAAGCAGCUUCAUUCGGAAUACAAGAGCACGUACACAUGGCAUGAGUAUACUGGACCGCAUCAGGAGCACACAGUUGUACGACGCGCGCCGCAGCCGCCAUCGUCGACAAAGCAACCAAGUGCGAAACUACAAUCGGCCAAGUCAACAGAGGAUGAGAACAGUGAAGGAUCCACUUUGGAACCACCAUUACCCAGACGAAAGAAAUGUCCGGAGCUCGCUUACAAGACGCAUGAAUUUAUUACGGCAGCGGACGGCGGUGGUAUUGAUGCUAUCGAUUCGAAUGUUGUAGCUGAUAAAGUACGGGAGGUUACAGCAACAUCGACACUGCCACCGAGUCAGCUCAGCAAGGCGAUAUCUCGUAUCAGUACCGAAUAUCGUCUGCAAUUUGCUUGGCCUAGAAGAUCACAAUUAGCAAAUGGUGAUAAUCAAGCGCCAGCUCCAGCAGGAGUCCCCGCAGAUAUGGUGGGCCUACCGAGAAAGUCGCUCAGCAUGGGUGCGCUGAAACAAGGCAUGGUGCCCACUGGACUCGUACCAGUACACAAGAAGCGACCUGGUGACUUUGAUCAUAAACGCGAUGGAAUUCAGGCAUCGGAACUGGAACCAUUAGUGACUGGAAUGGACAUGAUGGAUGGUAUAGUUCCAGAAGGCGAUGAGCGCGAGGCAGAUUUAUCGGAUUUAAAAAUAGCUUUCAGGGGUAAAAGAUCAGGUAAAACCGUGCGGAUAUCGGAUAAUAAAAUGUUGGGUCAAUCAGAGGCGAAACCAUUCCCUACGAAGGAGGUGAUCGAGCUUCGACGACUUGCUGAUGAAUACAAGCAUCGUGACUGGGGUUGCGGUCUGACAACCGAGGACGAAGCUUCGCUAUGGAAACGAGUCUCCAGUAACCACGCACUCAACGCACUAUCACUUGCCAGGUCAGUCACUAAAGAGGAGAAAGAGAAGGAGAACACAAGAAAGGUCGCACCAAUUGUCACUAUACCACCGGCAGGUCGACCAUCUUCGGUACAGGCUAGACCAAUUCAUGGCAUAAUGCAGGAUGACACCAAGGAUACUGAUCGAGCUAUUGCUCGCGCAAGAAAGGAUUUCUUGAUCCGCCAUCAUCUCGACCGUACAACUGGUGUGGGUGACGGUGCACUGCUUCCCUCUCCAACGAGAGAAAAGUUGGAGCCCGUCAUACCACGGCGGCGUGAUGACAUCAAGGAGCAUCGGGACGAAAUUCAGCCGCGAACCAAGUCCAGUCCGAAAAAUAGUCCAAGAACCGGACGCUCGCAGAGCCUCGGACCAACUGUCACUGAUCGCAGAUCGCCUAAACGGCAGGCCCCUCGUGCACCAUCUGUUACUAAAGAUACUAAGGAGAAAGAGAAAGAAACAAAAGACAAGGCUAAGGAAUACAGAGAGAAGACCAGCGAGUCUGAAAGACAUCCACGACCGACUUUUCUUGCGACUAUCGCUCCUCCCCAUCGCCCUCUUCAUCACGCAAAACCCACAACCACUACCAACACCACCAACAUCACUGUCACUACCGCUAACAGUACUAGCGCAAGUAUCGCCCCGGUAAAAAGUUUCCCGGUAAAGUAUUCGGUUCAUACGAACGUCCAUCACCUAUCUACGUCGGGCGCUGCCGCUGCGGCCAGGCCGGAGCGCGGCGUUAAAGAUUUAAACCAAAGGUGUCGUGGUGCGAAUGACGAGGCUCAGGCAAAACUGGCCCGCAGGCAUCCAGCAGCUGCGGCUGCAGCCGCCGGCGAUGAUCCAUCAUCCAAAUCAUCCCUCGAAACGCGAUCCGCAUCAAAUCGAGCCGCUACUACCGCCGUUCAAGCUAUGACAGCGGAAUCCCAAAUAAACGGGAAUGUCACCGGCGGGGAUUCGAGCGUCGCGUCGACGCCACCAUCGCAAAUAGCAAAGGCAGCACCUGUCACCCAACCAAGUCCUUGGCUAGACGACGAACCGGUGGUGAAGAGCCCACCAGAGCCAACGAGAGUAAAGUCACCGGAACAGAUGAUCAUGCGCUCGCCGGAACCCGUAAAUUGGACCGUACCCCUCGAUACCGGCAAGACUUUCACCGUUACUCAAAAUGUCCGAGAAGAACCUCUCACACGUCCGCAUAGUGAGGCAAAGACAUGGGCACCGUCCUCGGUUCCAUCGGCACCACAAUCAGCACCGCCAGAACUCGCAGCUCAACAUAAAUUGCAACAUUCCCAACACUCCGGCUACAAAUCACCCGAAAGCGAAAGCGUUUCGCUUGGUAGUUUUAGCGGCAUAAACGGUCAUAAGGACUUAGACUCGGAAAGGGACAGUCCAUUGCUCACGAACGUGCAAGGAACUCCAACAAAAGAUGAAAAGGAGAUCACCGAUAUUGAGGGGACAGAACGGCAAUGCCCAGAAUCGUCGAUAAAAUCAACAGUGGAUACGAACAUGAGAUGCCUAGAAGAUUCAAUGUUCGAGAGGGAAAAAAAAACGGAAAGCAAUAUACCGAUGGCAACAGCGCCGGUGAUAACGACAUCAUCAUUGCCUGUAUCACAGCAGAGUUAUCGCGUUCUUGAGGCCGAAUCACCAUCUCAAAGUACUGGCGGCGGCAGUAGCAGUAUUAGCGGUACUGGAGAGACAGGUGUUAGCACCGGAAGUAGUAUCGCGGGUAGUUAUCAUGUUUUGGAAACAUCAACAAUACCGAGUUCGUUGCAACGUUCAACAGCGAGCGACGUAUUAGAGAAGGCGCGAAAUCGCUUCGACAAAUUCUGGGGAAAAGGCAAUAACGGCACAGAGAAUUAGAAAUAACGUUCUUCAAAACAGCAACAAAGAGAAGAGGAAGAGGACGCUUUGAUGAAGAACUACGAACAAUUUAUCAUUUUGAUAAGACAGCCCUUCCUGGAAUAAAAUUAUUGUUCCACUCCGUUAUGUCCUAUGGGUUGGUCUGUCCAUGUGCUUUCGUAGCUAGUAAUUGUUCAAAAAAAUAUACGUGAAAGGGGAGAAAAAGAAGCGAGAUGAUAUCCUCGAAGAAAUUUUCUCGAUUUAAUGCCACGCGCGCAUUGAUAAUUCAAGACUUUCAGGAAUAAAAUAUUUCUUUAUGUAUAUAUUUUUCUUUAUCUUCAUCAAAGUAUAUUUUGAAUCUCAAAAAUAUUUGAAAUUUAUAAGGACUGAAAGAAUCGUAUAUACUUAUUACAAAUCGAAAUAUAGAAAAAAAAUCAAUAAAACAAUAGAAAAGAAGUUCAGUGAAAAACAGAAAGAAAAAUUAAUGAAUAUUGUUCCUGAAGGUUAGACCUGUGUCUUUAAUCGAUUUAUUCAUUUGCUAAGGACUAUCAUGUAACAAGAAUACGAUCAAAACUAUUAAAAUGACGCUAUGAACUAUUUCAGAUUAAGUAAAAUCAGAUUCUAAGGCUUUCAUGAAUACUUAAUUCGAAAAGGCACAGAAGUUCGAGUUAAAUUAUUUAUCGAUCCUUAUCAUCGCUUCUUUCUUGAUUUGAUCAUUAAGAAAAGCUUCUUUCUCCUCAGAAAACAGACUGUAGGACAGCGUAAAUUCACAAUCGUCGCAUUAUUAGUAAGAAAAA